GAGCCACUGUCACCCGCACCACGGUUGCACAUACACGCCCUAUUUUAUUUGCACGCCGCGAACGCAUCCCAACGGGUGUGCCUCAUAACAACUUAGAUACAGUAAAUGCCACUGAACGCCCGUGUUUGCCCUUGAAACCUGAGCGGGGCACCGUACCGGGCCUAUAUAAGGGCCGCAAGUUCCAGCCGGCGCCACAAAGAGGUUCCAGCGCAGCAAGCGACCAGGCAGCUGACUCCCAGCCGGAGUCCCGCUUAAGCUCACAGCUUCAUCGACAGCACUGCGGCAUGGAGCCUGAGUCCAAUUGCAGCCAGUGGGACCCUGGCUCAGGCAGCUUGGUAACCAUCAAGCAAGAAGAAGAACUACCUGACGAGCAGCCUACCACCGUGACCUCGGUGAUUCCAGAGGCAGGUGACCGCCAGGAGGAUGCAGAGUCCGAACUCGAGCGCAGAGCAGCAGUGGAAAACUGCUUUGGCGUGGGAAGAUACGGCCUCUGGGGCGACCAAGAGGAGCAGGGGCUGCAGCAGCCAGCCCCCGCGACCCCCAUGGCCGCCGAGGCUCCGGAGGCGGCCGCGGAGGCGGCCGCGGAGGCGCCAGAGUUACCGGAGAGGAAGCAGCGCCGCUAUCGCAACGUGUACACCCAAGUGCAGGUGCAGGAACUGGAGCACUUUUUCCGCCGCAUUCAGUACCCCGACGUGUUCGCUCGCGCGGAGCUUGCAGGACGCCUGAAUUUGACUGAAGCCAGAGUGCAGGUUUGGUUUCAGAACAGAAGGGCCAAGUGGAGACGCCAGCAGAGGGCACACAUGCUGAGAAACAUGGCCCCUUUUGUCCUGGGCCACCCUAUGGGGCUAUUCUUCGAGGGGCCUUACAAUGCCAUCCCUUUUCUGGAGCCUGCAUGGAGAUGUGUUCCUAUGAUGCCACGCCCUCCUGGGCCACCACCUAUGCCACCACCCCACCACCGGCCUCCGGCGCCUAAUGGGGCACCACCUGUGAUGCCUAUGCUACACAGGCCACCUAUACCACCCUUUGGCCUGGCCCCUGUAGGUGUGGCAUGGGCCCCUAUUUUCAAUGGCCAUUUUGCAGGUCCCAUUUUCUAGAGUGCAAUAUUCAUGACAGUUUUUCCAAAGUUGUGUGUGUGUGUGUGUUCAUUUUGUUGUUUUUGCCAGAUAUCAAUUUUGCAUAGGCUGGUACCCAGAGUAAGUCAUCAAAUUCCUGGUAAAUGAAUGUAAAUGAAUUAAAUAUGUAAGCAAAGUUGAUGCACUGUUGUUUUUAUAGUUAAAGAUUGUAUUUUCAAUA